AUGUCAAGAAGGAUGGUGAAUUCAACUCGACGAUAUGGAGACACUGGAACUGCUGGUAUAUUUGCCUCUUCUAAAUCACGUUCUUCUCCAUAUUUAUCCAUGGGGCUCGUUGUGGUACUUGGCGCAUUGCUACUUAUGGUUUAUUUGUACAGUGGCUCAGGCGAUAGUGGAAGAUUUAAAGAAACUAUAAGUAAGGUAGAAGGUGAUUAUUCAUGCACAGUAGAGGUUCAGCGAGCAAUUCCAAUUUUGAAGAAAGCAUAUGGUGAUAGCAUGCAUAGAGUUCUGCAUGUUGGUCAUGAUACAUGUUCAGUGGUUUCUAGAUUGUUAAAAGAUGAGGAAACUGAAGCCUGGGGCGUGGAACCAUACGAUAUAGAGGAUGCUGAUGGCAUCUGCAAAGGAAUAGUGCGUAAAGGCCUUGUACGUGUAGCUGAUAUCAAGUUUUCUCUUCCAUACAGGCCAAAAUCAUUUUCUGUUGUAAUUGUCUCAGAUGCAUUGGAUUACUUGUCUCCGAGAUACCUUAACAAUACGCUUCCAGAUUUGGCAACGGUCUCUGCUGAGGGAAUUAUCAUAUUAACAGGUUCUCCAGGUCGGCAGAGAGCUAAAGUCGCUGAGGUUUCCAAAUUUGGGAAGGUGGCGAAAUUGAAGAGUUCUUCUUGGUGGGUACGUUACUUUGCCCAGACCAGCUUAGAAGAAAAUGUAGCUGCAGUGAGGAAAUUUGAAAAGGCUGCUAGGAGUUCAUACAACCCAAAUUGCUGUUGUGACUAUCUCGUACCCUACCAAGUCACUAAUCGAUAA